GCAUUCCUUCCCAAAACCCCAGAUUCCUCAACUCCCGAUCGCCGCCGCCGCCCCCAUUCCGUCCGCAAUGGCGCUCGCCACCAACCACGCCGCCGCCGCCCUAUCCGGCGGAGCCGUCACGCAGCCCCGCCGCGCCCCGUCCUUCCUCCCGCUCAAGCGCCGCACAAUCCGCGCCGUCCACGCCGCGGAGCCGUCCAAGCCCACCGCCGCCACCGCCGCCGCCGCCAAGACCUCGUCGGCGGCCACGGUCGCGCCGGAGAAGUCCGCGGCCCCCCAGGCCCCGAAACCGGCCAAGUGGGCCAUCGACAGCUGGAGGGCGAAGAAGGCGCUGCAGCUGCCGGAGUACCCGAACGCGGCCGAGCUGGAGUCGGCGCUGAAGACGAUCGAGGCCUUCCCGCCGAUCGUCUUCGCCGGGGAGGCGCGGAACCUGGAGGAGCGCCUCGCGGACGCCGCCAUGGGCCGGGCCUUCCUCCUCCAGGGCGGCGACUGCGCCGAGAGCUUCAAGGAGUUCAACGGCAACAACAUCCGCGACACCUUCCGCGUCCUCCUCCAGAUGUCCGCCGUCCUCACCUUCGGCGGCCAGAUGCCCGUCAUCAAGGUUGGGAGAAUGGCCGGCCAGUUCGCGAAGCCGAGGUCGGAUAACUUCGAGGUCAAGGACGGAGUGAAGCUACCUAGCUACAGAGGGGACAACAUCAACGGAGAUGCAUUCAACGAGAAGAGCCGCAUCCCCGAUCCCCAGAGGAUGAUCAGGGCAUACACCCAGUCCGCUGCCACGCUCAACCUCCUCCGCGCUUUCGCCAUGGGAGGCUAUGCUGCCAUGCAGCGGGUCACCCAGUGGAACCUCGAUUUCACUGAAAACAGCGAGCAGGGUGACAGGUACCGUGAAUUGGCACACAGGGUUGAUGAAGCCCUUGGCUUCAUGUCUGCUGCUGGGCUAACAUUGGACCACCCGGUUAUGUCAAGUACUGAAUUCUGGACCUCUCAUGAGUGCCUGCUCCUACCAUACGAGCAAGCUCUAACCCGUCAGGACUCAACCUCUGGUCUUUUCUACGACUGUUCUGCCCACAUGCUCUGGGUCGGUGAACGCACUCGCCAGCUUGACGGUGCUCAUGUUGAAUUCCUCAGGGGUGUUGCUAACCCUCUUGGCAUCAAGGUGAGUGACAAAAUGAACCCCAGCGACUUGGUGAAGCUGAUUGAGAUAUUGAACCCAACAAACAAAGCUGGGAGAAUUACCAUCAUUACAAGAAUGGGGGCAGAGAACAUGAGGGUCAAAUUACCUCAUCUUAUCCGUGCUGUCCGCAAUUCUGGUCAAAUUGUUACCUGGAUCACUGAUCCCAUGCACGGGAACACCAUCAAGGCUCCUUGUGGUCUAAAGACACGCCCCUUUGACUCUAUUCUGGCUGAGGUCAGGGCAUUCUUCGAUGUUCAUGAGCAAGAAGGGAGCCACGCAGGAGGUGUCCACCUCGAGAUGACUGGGCAGAACGUGACAGAGUGCAUCGGUGGAUCACGAACUGUGACCUUUGACGACCUGGCCGACCGCUACCACACACACUGCGACCCGAGGCUGAACGCGUCCCAAUCUCUGGAGCUUGCCUUCAUCAUUGCUGAGAGGCUGAGGAAGAGGAGGACCCGGUCAUCGAAGCUUAACAGCGUCUUGCCAUUGCCAUCUGGUUUCUGAAAUGCCUAGCCAGGAAUGGAACAGGCGGAGUAGAUAGUUGCAGCAGCGUUUGAUGCGUAUUCCUUUUGUUGGUGGGUGAUCUUGAUAAAAACUGUAUACUACUCGUGAGCUUUCUGUGUGAGGGGAGGUGGGGAGGGAUCUCUAAUGUUUAUGUUGGUCUAUAGUGCGCCGUGCACUUUUAUGUAAGGUUUCAAAACCGUUUCUAUUUAUGUCUUCUAUAUAUAAGAGAAUAAUAAUACAA